AUGCCUACCAAGAAUCCCACACCGUCCGACUUCCCCUCCAAUCUCACCGUCACCGUCACUCUUCCACCCUCCGCGUCCUCCCCAGCCCCCAACGUUCUAUUGUUACUCCACGGCCUCGGCGAUUCCGCUGCAGGCUUCACCUCGUUCGCGCGAGCCUUACAGCUUCCAGAAACUGCAAUUGUAACAAUACAAGGACCCGCCCCUCUCCCCUUGGACCUGGGCGGCUUCCACUGGGGUGACGAUGUGGCAUUCGAUACCUCAAGUGGCGGGCUGGACAUGGACGCAGGUCUGACGCGUAGCACGGCAACACUGGUCAAUGAUGUCGUGCGUAACACACUGGUCAGCAAAUGCGGCUACCUCCUGCGCGAGAUUAUGAUGUUCGGAUUCGGGCAAGGUGGCAUGGCUGCAUUGACCGCGACUCGGGAGCUGGGCCUGGGCGACAAUGGCGGAUCUCUAUCCGGAGUUAUCUCCGUUGGCGCGCCAUACCCGCUCUCUGGCCAGCGAUCAGGAGCCAAGAACCGUACCCCGGUGCUACUGGUCGCUGGGCGUGACUCGCUUGUAGUCUCCGAUGCGGCUGUUCGUAGGACAAAGGAGGUUUUUGAGUUUGUUGAGCUGAGCCGUUACCCGAGAAAGGGCGACGGUAUGCCAACGAAUCGGAAUGAGAUGAUGCCUGUCAUGCAGUUCUUUGCCCGGCGAUUGCGCAGCCGGCAAGGCGUGCCUGAGGGCAGUGUUGAGAUUGGUUGA